CACGAUAGGAGUGGACUGAUCCUCGCCAGCAUGAUGCCAAGUUUCACCGGGAUCUCGCAUCUGUUAUUGAUUCUGCUGGUGCAGCUGGUACCUGCGCAGCUCCUUCACGUGAAGCAGUGACUCUUUAAGAGGAGUCACGUUUAAAUGGCAAACAUCGUGGCUGCCAUGAUGUCCAGCGUUUUCACACACACACACACACACACACACACACACACACACACACAGUUUUUUAUGGGGGUUUGAGAAUUUUGCAUGUUAACAAAGGGAAACUGACUCAGACAUCAUGGCCUCAGAUGCAACAGCUGCAUGUUAGUGACCCAGAUUUCACCCCCACCAGCAAAGGGAGCCCCCAGAGGAAUGAUGUUCCAGGAGGUGUUGGAAAAGAGCAUGUGUCACCCGAUGGAGCAGCUGGUGGAUGUGGAGCAGGAGUUCCCCGGAGAAGUUGAGUACAUCUACUUGCCUGCUUGUGUCUCACUAUGGCGAUGCUCUGGUUGCUGUGGGGAUGAGAACCUGGAGUGCCACCCUACCCUUGAACGCAACAUCACCGUACAGAUGAUAAAAAUUGCUCCGAAGACAUCUAGCCACCAUGUGGAACUCACAUUUGUGGAGCAUCAGAGGUGUGAUUGCAGAGCCCGUCAGACUCUUCUAAACAAUAAAAGCAGCAGUGAGUCCAUCAAGAACAAACCUCGGCGGAGGAAACACAAGAAGACAGCGAGCCGCUGUGGCAAGUGCCAGGUCCCGCAGAGCAACUGAUUCAUCCGCCUGUCAAAACUUUUAUUUGGAGGACUGACUUUGGUCUGACGAACAACCGCACAUCUGGGAAUUAAGCACACCUGACCAAUACUCUCUGACUUUUCCAUUACAUUACAAUCUUUGUUAAUUACAGUAUCAAAGUAAAAGAACAACAUAGCCCUAAA